AUACGUCUUGUCAGAGGAACGAACACAGUUUCGACAGGACAGUCACUGGCAGUCAGAGACAGUGUUCUGUCACAAACAACAAUGUCCCACCUUGUGUUGUGGUUGGUGCUCGGUGUGGGUCUGUCUUCAGCGGCAAAUCUGCGGUCUCUCCCGGACAAAAUGACAGAUGUGGAGCUGACGGACCAUGCGAGGCGAAUCGCACGAGCCGUGAACGCUGAGGGAUAUGACAUUGCGACCUUACAUGGAACGAGUUUAUUCUCUGGAGACAAAACACGACUCACCAAGCGGGAUGUGGAGGAACACGCCGCUCAUCCGUCGACAGAGUCCAGAAACUUCGAGUUGCGUCUGACUUCCGGUGAGCGGCUGCGCAUGUCUGUACAGAAGCGUUCCGGCAUGAGUCCCGACGUGACGGUGGUAGAACGUGUCUCUGGGAAGGAGAAGGUCAGCCGCCCACAAGUCCGAGAUUGUUUCUUCAGCGGUGGCCUGGAGGGUGAAGAGGGGCACGCCUCGCUGUCACUGUGUGAUGGACAGGUGAUGGGAGGCAUACGAGCAGGGAACCGAGACUACGAGGUGCACCCACUUCCGGAAACUUCUGCCAUCAGGCGUCGCUCGGCAGACGAGCCUUUGCACGCGGUCGUCACGUGGUCUGAUCAAGGAAACGAUUUAAUGGCUUUUGAUUCAAUCAGCCCUGACCUUUCUGAUGAAGAUGAGACAGAGGCUAGUGAUAUAAUUGAAGAGACAAAACCCGAUUCCUACAAAAGCGCCACCAUCGAGGUGGGCGUCUACAUGGACCGAUUUUUCCUGGCGAGAGUGGAGGAGAGAUUUGGACUGACCACGACAGAGCAGCUUAUGGAACUCGCUGCCCUCAAAUGGAGUGGCAUCAACGCCGUGCUAUCAAAUCCAAAGGUUGUUGGCUGGAACAUCACCAUCAAAGUUGUGCACCUGGAAAUCUGGCGAGAAUCCCCCUCCUGGUACAACGAAUCUAAUUUCUACCUCGGCGGCCGUCAGAACAUGUUGUGUGCAUCCACGACUGACAUGCCCUUCGAUCACAUCAUGCUGGAAACCGCAGACACUCGACCUAACCGAAUAAAAGGCAUAAGUUGGAUGGAUAGAAUGUGCAACCCAAGAUGGCGCUGCUCCGCGGCCAGGGGAGCGGGCUUUAGCAAUUGGAUCGAAGCUCAUGAAACAGGCCACAGCAUGGGUCUGAACCAUGACUGGACCUUCAAGUCUUGUGACCCCAACGUACCAAAGGGCUUCAUGUCCAUGCAGGAGACUGUCUUCAGAGAUUGUUACAGCCAGGUCCUCGACAGGUCUCUGAGCUCCAAGGGCUGCCUGUUUAAACAGAACGUUGACAUCUCUAAGUACAACAGCGUCAACAACAUCGUCCCCCUGUACAGAGGUCAGAAGGCUACGCUGGAUGACCAGUGCAGGCUGAAUAAAGGAGAUGGAUUCGAGUAUUUGCACAUUCCUUCUGCUGACGUAAGCGUUUGGCACGAUUUUCUCGAUUAUUUUAAAAUACAGUAUGCAAACGCUAUGAAGAUCUUGGUGUCUGUAAAGGACGAAAUGGGAUUUUUGUAA